GAAAUUAAAAAAUAUAUUAAAGUUUGAUAGGGGAUGGGAUAUGCCAUUUGAGUGAUUAAGCUUAAUGGCUGAUUUGCAUUAUAAUUCUAUGCCACAUGACUUAUCUAUUGAGUCAGUUUCUUCUUCACAUCUGAUUGAGUAUGGAUGCAGUAAUUGCUCUGAUAUAUCCUAUGCAGCAGAUUUAAAUUCCUUUAGUGGAUUGUUGCUAUCUAAUAGUAUAAAUUUAAAUGAUAAAAAUGUGAAAGACCCUAAAGAUUAUAUGGAAAAAUGUAGGACAUAUAGGAAGUAUUCCGAAUUGAUACCAUCUACAAUAUCUAAUUGUUAUGAUAAUUAUGGGUCUGUGGUAUAUAAAUCAAAUUCUUUGCCUGCACAUUGUAAUAUUAGUUCACCUGUAUCAAAUGCUAAACUUGCUAUUGAAAUUCAAGCUGAAGAUCUAGCAUCACAAUUAACAUUGCUAGAUAUAAGUAUAUUCAAAUGCAUUCGAGCUGAAGAAUUAUCUAGUUGUUCAUGGAAUAAAAAAAAUAAACUUACAAUUGCUCCAAAUGUUGUUAGUUUUAUUAGACGAUUUAAUCAUGCAAGCUUUUGGAUAGUUCAAGAAAUUUUAAAUGCUUUAACACCAAAGCAAAGAUCUGAAAUUUUAGCCCACUUUAUAAGAGUAGCUAAGAAACUGUAUGAUUUAAAUAACUUACAUUCCUUAUUUGCUAUUAUAUCUGGUUUACAUAGUGCACCAAUAUACAGAUUACACAAAACAUGGGCUUAUUUAUCUAAAAAAGACAGAAGUACUUUUGAUAAAUUGGCUGAAAUAUUUAGUGAUAAAAGUAAUUGGAUAAAUCUUCGAGAACACAUGAAUAGCAUUAAAAUGCCAUGUAUACCUUACUUAGGAUUAUUUCUGACUGAUCUCGUGUAUAUUGAUAUGGCACAUCCAACAUCAAAAAAUGGUGAUAAUCAACAGCGCAUUUUAAAAAUGAAUACAGUAUUAACCAAAGUAACAAUUCUUCAAGCUAGUGAAUAUCCUGGUAUAAUUCCACUGCCUAAUGUUCAACGAUAUUUGAGUAGUGUUCGAUACAUUGAAGAAUUACAAAAGUUUCUUGAAGAUGAUCACUUUAAAUUAUCAAUGAAAUUAGAACCGAAUUCUCCAGUUCCAUUUUCAAGUAGUAGUAAAGAAUCAGUUGGUGACACAGCUGUUGCAGCUUUAUCUUUAUCCCCAGCACGAGGAUAUGCUGGAUCCUUACGUUUACAUGUUGGCUCAACAACAAAUAAAUUUGUACCUAGUCAUCGAAAGUGUCGCAGUCUUGGUACAAAAUUUCGUAGUACGAGUCUUCCACGCAACUUCCAUAAGCAAGGAGGCAAAUAUGGAUCUAGCUUGACCACUCCUGGUAUAUUUAAUAAAGCAGCGAUAUCUACUGAGGCAACUCAUAUAACAGUUCGCCAUUUAUUAGAUGAUUCUGUAUUGGAAGAACCACAUUUGAUAACUCAGCUUGUAGAUCUUGAUCAAAAUUUACUAGGACCUAUUGAUGCUGUUAAUGAAGACUGUACUUUGUUAUCGAAAAUAAGUAAACUAUCAAUUUUACCAUGUGAUAUUGAUAGCUCUAUAGAGCCUCGUUGUAUAAUACAAGGUACUUUAAGGAGAAAAAUAAUAUUACGAGAUGGACGUAAACCUACAGUAUCAACUUGGCAGAGAUACUGGAUUCAAUUAUGGACAUCUUCUAUGAUUUAUUUUUCACCAAAAUAUUUUAAAGGAAAUGAUAGAGGCGAUUUUAAACGUGAACCAUAUAAAAUGGUCUCAGUAUUUGGUUGGGUUGUUGAAGCAUUGGACAGUACAUUUCAUGCAGACACCUUCUUAUUAGCUGACCCCAAAAAAGGUAACGUAUAUAAAUUUCGAGCUUUAUCAACUGCAGUAGCAGAACAGUGGCUUAAGGAAUUACGAAUAAUAGUGCGUGGCGCAGUAGAUCGAAAACCUGUGCCAACAAAUCUCAUAUCAUUCGAAUGAAAUCAUACUAGAUGAAAGUACACUAAUUGUGUUUAUUAUUUGUUGGUGAAUAACAAGUGAGCAACUGACUACAAGAUCUAUUUGGAAUAUAAGAAAAGAACUUUCUAUGCAUCAUCAAAUAUACGGAAUGAAUUUACAAAAUAUAAAACAUAUCGAAAUAAGUUGAUAUAUCUAAAAUAUCUUAGCUUAAAAAAAGACAUCUAUUGUAUAGUGUCUGCUGAAGAAGCCCUUGAUAUUUCAUUACAUCUAAAAAGCAAUAAUUUUUGUAAACGAAA